UAGUAGACAACUGAGGCUUAUUAUAGUCAGGCUUAGAUAAAGAGGUCAAAGAUGGACGGGGUUGAAAGGGCAAGCUGUAUUCGUUUCUUUGUCAAUGGAGUUGAGGUCAUUGUGAAUGAUCCAGAUCCAGAAAUGACACUGCUAACAUAUCUGAGACGCUAUUUAAAAUUGAAAGCUACUGUUGAUACAAAAUCUGGCUGUUGUAAAGAUGAAGCAGUAGUUACUUUUGGUCUAACUGGUACAAAGUUGGGCUGUGGAGAAGGAGGCUGUGGAGCUUGUACUGUAAUGGUAUCAAAAUAUGACGGGUCAAAGGACACUAUCAAGCAUUACACUGUUAAUGCUUGUCUAGCUCCUCUCUGUUCAAUGGAUGGUCUGUCUGUUAUUACAGUUGAAGGGAUCGGAAAUUCUAAAAAUCUGCACCCAUGUCAAGAGAGGAUAGCAAAGGCUCAUGGUUCUCAGUGUGGUUUUUGUACACCAGGUUUUGUAAUGUCAAUGUAUACGCUACUUAGGAACAAUCCAUCACCAACACAGGAGGAAAUGGAGCAUGCUUUUGAAGGGAAUCUCUGCAGGUGUACUGGAUACAGGCCUAUACUGGAUGGGUAUAGGACCUUUUGCUCUGACUGCAAGUGCAAAGGAGAUGGAAAGGAAGGAGGGAAAAGCAAAGAAGCUGAUCACAAGUUGUUUGAUGCCACGAAAUUUAAGCCUUAUGAUCCAAGCCAGGAGAUUAUAUUUCCACCUGGACUAAAGGCUGAGAAUAGGCCGCCACUGUCUCUUGAAAUUAAAUUUAAUGAUGUGUCAUGGUACAGGCCAGUAUCAUUGAAGGAACUUCUUGAACUGAGGGACAAGUUUCCACAUUACAGGGACAGCGACAAACCAAAAUACAGGCUCGUAAUGGGUAACACUGAAAUUGAGAUAGAAAGGCGCCUCAAAGGCUUCAAGUAUGAUGUAUUGAUAUGUCCUUCUCAUGUGCCAGAGCUCUUGGAAUUGACAUUAGAAGAAGAAGGACUAGUGGUAGGAGCAUCAGUAACACUCACUGAUCUUAAAGACUACAUCACCAAUCUCCUUACUACACAACCACCUCACACUACUGGAGUACUGCAGGCUUUAUUGAACAUGCUCAAGUGGUUUGCAGGACCUCAGCUAAGGAAUGUUUCAUCUUUUGGUGGCAAUAUUGCAAAUGCUAGCCCAAUAUCUGAUUUGAAUCCUGUUCUUUUAGCAAGUGGAGCUACAUUAAACUUUGCAUCAAUAAAAGGUGAGCGAAUUUUGAAAAUGAAUGAAGAAGAUUUCUUUACUGGGUAUCGUACUACGACCAUGAAAGAAAAUGAAAUCCUUAAAUCAGUUAAAAUUCCACUAACAAAGAAGGGAGAACAUGUUAUGUCUUUCAAGCAGUCAAGAAGGAGAGAGGAUGACAUUGCCAUUGUUAAUUCAUGCUUCUUUGUUAGUUUGGAUGAUGACCUGAAAGUGAGGGAUUGCAGGCUAGCUUAUGGUGGAAUGUCUUUCAAGACUAUAAUGGCAACUAAGACACAAAAAGAACUAAUAGGGAGAAAAUGGGAUGGAGAACUGCUCCAGUGUGCAUUGGAGAGUUUAGCUGAUGAGUUAGUGUUGCCUCCUGAGGUACCUGGUGGUAUGCCUGACUAUCGUCUUAGCCUUGCACUGUCAUUCUUUUACAAGUUUUAUUUGUUUGUACUACAACAGUAUGAUCCUCAGUCAAUAACACCAACUAAAGCUUCAGCAACUCAACCGUUUUCAAAGCCAGUUUCAAGAGGCUCACAAGGAUUCAAGAAGUUACCUAACUCAGGAAAUAACAAAAUUGGACAACCAGAGAUGCAUCUAUCAGCAAUAAUACAAGCGACAGGAGAGGCAGUUUACACUGAUGACCUUCCACACUAUGACAACGAGUUAUAUGCAGGGCUGGUGCUCAGUAAAGAGCCUCAUGCAGAGUUUACUAUUGAUACCAGUCAAAUUAAAGAUAUUGAUGAUGUUUAUUUUGUAUGUGCCCAAGAUGUACCUGGUCAUAAUGAUGAUACUGGUGUUUUUGGAGAUGAAGAAGUGUUUAGAGAAAAGACAGUUACCAGUAUUGGUCAAAUAAUUGGUAUUGUAUUGGCAAAGAAUAAAGAAGAAGCACAGAAAUAUGUUAAAAAAGUCGAUGUUAAUUAUACACCACUGGAAGCAGUAUUAACCAUUGAGGAUGCUAUAGAGAAGGAGCAAUACUAUGACAUAUCAAAGCAUGAACUAUCAACUGGAGAUGUUAAAAAAGCAAUGUCAGAGGCAGAAUACACUAUUGAAGGUUCAAUGAGAACUGGAGGACAAGAACACUUUUACCUUGAAACCAAUGUCUGUAUUGCUAUACCAAAGAGGGAGAAUGGAGAGAUAGAGAUAAUAGCAACUACACAAUGUACUUCUGAGACACAGCAUUGGGCAGCUAAAGCUUUGGGAGUUCCUGCUAAUAGAAUUGUAGCUAAAGUCAAAAGAAUUGGUGGAGGAUUUGGUGGAAAAGAGACAAGAUUUUCUCCUCUAACUACAACCAUUGCAGUAGCUGCUAACAAAGUUGGCAGGCCUGUAAGAAUAAUGCUUGACAGAGAUGAAGAUAUGAAAUAUUCUGGUAACAGGCACCCAUACAAAGGAGAAUACAGAAUAGGCUUCACAAAGGAAGGAAAACUGACUGCCCUGGAAAUGGAACUGUAUUCUAAUGCAGGCUACUCUUUUGAUUUAUCUCUACCAGUAUUAGAGAGAGCAGUUACUCAUGCUACUAAUGCUUAUACUGUACCAAAUGCUUUUAUCAAUGGGCAACUGUGCAAGACUAAUCUCCCAUCCAACACUGCAUUCCGUGGAUUUGGUGGCCCACAAGGAAUGAUGAUGAUGGAAGAUGCAAUGGACAGGAUAGCUUAUACACUGAAAAUGGACCCAGUUAUUGUACGAGAGAUUAAUUUAGUAAAGGAAGGAGAUGAGACUGUAUAUGGUUACACUUUGACUGAUUGUCACAUGAGAAAAGCAUGGAAGAAGCUCCUUGAGGAAUCACAGUAUUACCAAAGAAUGGAGGCAAUCAAAGAGUUCAACAGUCAAAAUGAGUGGGUGAAGAGAGGUAUGGCUAUCGUGCCUACCAAGUAUGGUAUUGCUUUUGGACUGAAAUUGUUAAAUCAAGGAGGAGCAUUGGUCCUUGUAUACAAAGAUGGUUCAGUACUUCUCAGUCAUGGAGGAAUGGAAAUGGGACAGGGUCUUCAUACUAAGAUGAUUCAAGUUUGCUCACGUGUUCUUGAUAUUCCUAUUGAUAUGAUACACCUCAUUGAUUGCUCCACUGAUAAAGUGCCAAACAACAGUCCAACUGCAGCCUCGGCUUCUUCUGAUCUUUACGGCAUGGCUGUUAAGGAUGCUUGUGAACAAAUUAAAGAAAGAUUACAACCAUACAAGGAGAAGAAGCCAGAAGCUGGCUGGAAAAACUGGGUUAUAUCUGCUUAUGUUGAUCGUGUUAAUCUUUCAGCUCAAGGAUUCUAUGCCACUGAUCUUGAAGGAAUGAACUGGGAGACAGGGAAGGGCCAACCAUACAAUUAUUACUGCUAUGGUGUUGGUUGCACUGAAGUUGAGAUUGACACUCUUACUGGAGACUUCAAAGUGCUAAGAAGUGAUUUGUUAAUGGAUGUUGGUGACAGUUUAAAUCCAGCUAUUGACAUAGGACAAGUUGAGGGUGCAUUUACACAGGGACUUGGUCUAUUUACUAUGGAAGAGGUUGUAUACCUAAAGAAUGGCAAACUAUUUACUACUGGACCAGGAGCAUACAAGAUCCCCUCAUGCAAUGAUAUACCCAUUGAACUUAAUGUAACUCUCAUGGACUCUACUCCUAACCCAAGAGCUAUCUUUAAUUCUAAAGCUGUUGGUGAGCCUCCAUUGUUUUUAGCUGGGUCAGUUUUCUUUGCAAUAAAGGAUGCCAUAAGAUCAGCAAGAAUCAGCAGAGGUCAUCAUCCUGUGUUUGACCUUUGGGCUCCUGCAACUGCUGAGAGAAUAAGACUAGCUUGUAAAGAUCAGUUCACAGAAAUGGCUGAAGAAAAGAUGAAGAAUAAAUAUCCAGGGGAAGAGGAGAGAUCAAAAAGAUGGAAUGUAGUACCAUGAAAUGCCAUAUGCUGAACCGCUGUAAAUAAUCCUAUAAUAAUAAGUGUGCAUGAUAGUAUAGAUAUAUAAACAGUUUAUGUUUCUUUUAUCCCUUAAAAAUGCUAUUUUUAAUUUCAUUCAUAAAUAUUAUGUAAUAAGCCAA